AUGGCGACCCAGGCCACACUACCUUCCGAGAAACAAUCGGACUAUUCGACAUGGAGCACAUCUCACUUGAUUGCUAGAAUCACAGAGCUUGAGCGCCAGCUCCAUGACCGGACGACGCAGUUUGCUGCCUUGCCUGCAAACGAAGUGGAUCAAAGUGUGGUAUUGAACCCCGGCAAUCCUCCGACAGAGACCAAGGCGACGACCAGCACAGAAACUGUACCUUCUCUCAAGCCGUCGAAGAAAAGAGCGCAUUCCCCAAGCGAUGAUUUUACUCAAACACGAGCGCCGAAUCGUCCGCCGAAGGAACCACGAGCGAUCGACCCUUCGAAAUAUAAUACUCGCUUCAUUGCCCUCAAAUUCGCUUACUUGGGCCAGCGAUACAAUGGCUACGAACAUGCAAACGGGAAUGCAACGCCUCUUCCUACAAUUGAAGAAGAACUGUGGAAAGCCCUGCGCAGGACUCAUCUCAUUUUGCCCACCAAUGUACCCGAUUCCCAGGAUAUUCGAUACAAAGGGCCGAGGAAGCAGGAGCCGUAUGCCAUUGACUGGGAGGGCUGUCAGUAUUCAAAGGCAGGUCGUACGGACCGUGGUGUGAGUGCUUUUGGACAAGUUAUUGGGAUUAGGGUACGAAGCGCGCGCCCAGUGCGUCCUGCAAAGAGCGACUGCUCUAUGGAAUCCGCGGAUGAUCAGAUGGAGGAUACCUGGGAUGAUGUCAGGGAUGAACUCCCUUACGUAUCAACAUUGAACAGAGUGCUGCCAGAAGAUAUCCGGGUACUGGCAUGGUGCCCAAAUCCUCCUGAGGGGUUCGAUGCUCGAUUCUCGUGCCGUGAACGCCAAUACAAGUACUUCUUCACCAACCCCGCGUUCACCCCUACACCCGGACCGUUCGGCUUCACGCGAGGCUCACUUCAAGGGCCUGAUGCCAAUUUCAGGGAAGGGUGGCUGGACAUUGAUGCCAUGCGCAAAGCUGCCAAGUGCUUUGAAGGGGUACAUGAUUUCCGAAAUUUCUGCAAGGUGGACACAAGCAAGCAGAUUGAGAAUUUUGAGAGGAUAAUUUACCGUGCCGAUAUCGAACUUGUGGAUCCAAAACUUAACACGCUUCGUUAUACCGAGAGUCAGGGAUUCCGCUUUCGAGAAAGUGAUGAAGAGAGCGACCAAAAAACGGAUUCUGUGGCUUCUCCCUCCCCACAGGUCUACACAUUCACACUGCACGGAUCUGCUUUCUUGUGGCACCAAGUUCGACACAUGGUGAGUAUGUUGUUCUUGGUUGGCCAGGGGCUGGAGUCGCCCACAAUUGUCUCAGAUCUGUUGGACAUCUCGAAAAAUCCCUGCAAGCCCACCUAUGAGAUGGCAUAUGAUGCUCCCUUAGUCCUCUGGGAUUGUAUCUUUCCCAACGAGGAGUCUGGUAGUCGGGAGGAUGCGUUAGACUGGAUCUAUGCUGGGGAUCCUCGUCUUAUCAGGUCUCAGAAUGGCGCCAAGGGUAACGGAAAAUUCGGUAUGGGAGGCAUUGUCGACGGACUCUGGUCUGUUUGGCGGCAGAGAAAGAUAGACGAAGUUCUUGCAGGCGAGCUGCUCGAUCUGGCCAUUAGCCAAGGUGACCAGACCAUUCGACAGGACUCUGCCAGCCUAGAGAAAAUCACCCGCACGAGGAAAGUUUUCUAUGGCGGGGAUGAACCUAGAGUGGGAGGCAGGUACAUCCCCUUGAUGCAGAUGAAGAAGAUGGAGACUGUAGAGGUCCAAAAUGCGAAGUACCUGGCUGCCAAGGCGCGGAGGAAACCGAAGGAAUAG